GAGCGAAAACAUUGCGGUACUUGUUAGCCAUUAAUGAGUGAAUUUGAUAGCAAAGACAGCUAGUGGAGUUCGGUCACCACGAUUGUCUAAAUGGGCAGCGAAACGCUGGUCCGCGGUAGGCACUUUAGACAUUAGUCAAGCAGUCAAACGCAGUGACCGGUUACCGUUCAGUAUCGACUGAACCGUGGUUCUGGGUGGAUGCAUCGUGCCUGUGCCUGUGUCUGUGUCUGAGCGGUGCGAAAAUGAGGAAAGUCAUCGAAGGGAUAACAAUGAUAUCGCUUCUCUUGCUGGUAGCGGAGGCUAAAACCCACGCCAGGCAGGUGGUGGUGCAAAUGGAAAAGUCCCGAUCGUAUGCGUUGAAUGACCAACCGGUCGUGGGAAUUCUCUCACAAGAGCUGUCCUAUUUGAUGACUCAGAACUACGGCGACCAAGGAUAUGAUAGCUAUAUAGCCGCCUCGUAUGUGAAGUUUGUCGAAGGGGCCGGAGCACGUGUGGUGCCGAUCUGGAUCAAUCAACCUCCAGAAUACUAUGAAGAGAUAAUGGUCCAUCUGAAUGGCGUGCUUCUGCCAGGUGGUGCAACGUGGUUCAACCAAACCAACGGAUAUGCUGACGCCGGUGGCCACAUCUACGAUAUUGCGAGGCGCUUCAACGACAAUGGAGAUUACUUUCCCGUUUGGGGUACCUGCCUCGGAUUCGAGCUGCUUACCUAUCUGACCGCGAACGGCACCGAUCACCGGGCCCACUGUAACUCCAGCAGCCAGGCCUUGGCACUCAACUUUAAGGACGACUUUCGCAAGAGUCGGUUGUUCGCGCAAGCUCCGAACGAUGUGGUUGAAAUUUUGGCUAACGAGCCGGUGACUGCGAAUUUCCAUCAGUUCUGCGUCACAGAAACUAACCUGACCGAGUACGGAUUAAGCGAUGAAUGGCGCGUAAUGUCUGUCGAUCGUGACUGGAACGGAAUGGAGUUUAUUUCCACAAUCGAACACAAAACCUACCCGUUCUAUGGCAUUCAAUUUCACCCUGAAAAGAACAUCUACGAGUGGAUAGCGAACAAAAAUAUUCCACACACAGCCAACGCUAUCCGGGCGUCCCAGUACUUUGCAGAUUUUUUUAUCGGUGAAUCGCGCCGCAGUGAUCAUCAGUUUCCGAGCGAAGCCACACUCGAGCGGCACGUCAUCUACAACUACCAGCCGAUUUUCACUGGGCUUCAGCGAUCUAGCUUUGAGCAAUGCUACAUGUUCGGUGGUAAGGUCUCUGGGGACGGGCUGCACGAAACCGCGGACGAAGGAGACGGCAACGAUGCAUCGGCCGUUAUGCUCAAACUAACCUGCAUGCUUUCCAUACUUUCGCUAUCCAUAAUAUGUUCAAUGCAUACCACGUUCGCUUAGGGAAAGAAAAGUUCCUUUCGUAGUCCAUCAAAGUACUGCCGAAGAGACUCAUAUACAAAGGAAAGAAGAAAAUCAUUCUUAACUGAUGUCUACAUUUCGGCCAGAUACGGCCAGAUAAACAAUACGGUUUAAUCAGCGAAGACAAUAACCACACAGACGCGAGCCAACGAUAAUGCCUAAGUCUGAUACGGGUCUAGGUAUUAUGUAUGAUAAUGAUGUAUUCGGACGGUGGCCGCCAUGAGACGAUACUUCUUUGGAUGGCGGAGAAAUCUGAAAAAAUACAAUGCUCUUUCUAUAGAUUGCGUUUAUCGCUGCAUGUGCAUUUAAAUUAAGAUUGUUUUUCUUUUAACCACUCCAAACAGUUACAUUAGUCACACAAGAACCACAUGGGGUUCCCACACUGUCGCGCUUCUAUCGCGCUUUGAUGGCAGGUACUAUCUCCGCAAAGCAAACCUAAAACCAGCCAUCAAAAAAUCCCCGAACAACAUAGUUGAAGCAAGGAUCGCAGCGGUUGACUAUGUUAAUUAUUCAACAACAAUACUCUUAACACAUAGGCUGAAAAGUCCCGGGCAUAUAAAUAGCGCUAGUCUUAUUGUAUUCAUCGCUUUUUCAGUUGGUACUAACCUUCAAAAGAAAGACGUUAAUAUUUCAUGAUACUCGUGUUUGUGAGCUUGGCAUGACAAUAUUUUUGUUAUUUUCACAACAAUGGAUCAAAUAAGAUUUCGUGUUACUCUGCUUCUUGAUGGCGGAAAAUACCGUUCAACCGAAGCACCUCGUGCAACGCACCCGAAAGCUCGAAUAUCGACUAGGAAGGCCUAGGUAUUUUAGAAUUGCGUGGUGUAAUAUUUAUCGCCUAUCUCGUUAAGGGAAGUACAAUCAAUAGUGAACAUUACAAAGCGUUUUUGUUACGUUUAAAGGCCGAAAUUACAAAGAAAUAAACGGAUAUGGCAAUGAAAAAAAUCUUUCCAGCGGAAAAAACACCAAGGCAAUAUCCGAGUCACAAAUCAAUCAAAACAAUGAUAAAACUGCAAGAAUUGUAUUUCGAAUCGCUCUGAAAUGUACCGUAUUUGCCAGAUUUGGCUCUCAGCGCGAAUGGCGCAUCUGUUCACAGACCUCAAAAACUGCUCAUCGGUAAGACAUUUCCCUCGAACGAAUAGGAAUAAUUGUGUGGCUCUUGAAGGAGAUUGAUUAAUAAAU